CUUGGAAGGCAUUGCAACUUCUGAUUAUCCAAAAACUCCAGUAUUAAAAUGUGGUAUAACUGAUGCAUUAAGAAACCAUAUAGUCGAGAAAUCAUACAUGACAUCGCGUGUAAACUGGGUUGUACAAUCUUCUGGCGUAGACUAUUUGCAUUUACUUUUGGUAGCUAUGCAAUAUUUAGUGAAUGAAUAUAAAAUUGACGCGCGAUUCAUGUUAUCGGUUCAUGAUGAAAUAAGAUUUCUUGUGAAGGAAGAAGAUUAUGAAAGGGCAGCAUUAGCACUCCAAAUAAGUAAUUUUUGGACAAGGGCAAUGUUUAGUUAUAUGUUAGGAAUUAAAGAUUUGCCUAUUUCAAUUGCUUUUUUCUCGGCUGUUGAUAUUGAUCAUGUUCUUCGCAAAGAAGUAACGAUGAGUUGCAAAACAUUAUCACAUAAUACAGAAAUUAAGGAGGGCAUUUGUCUGACAAUUCAUGAUCUUCUCAAGAAAUUAAAUACUUUAGAAUUAGACAAAAAUAAAACUGGUAACACAGACAAUUAUGACAAUUCAAAUUCUAUUGAAAAUAGAUCAAUAAUCCCAGCCGAAUUCUCUGAAUCAUAUCAAAGAUCCGAUGAUAAUAAUAAAUUUUUAAUUAUACAAAGUAUAUCAGGUGAAGAAGAAGUCAAAGCUAAGAUACUCGAAUUAUAUGAAAAUGAAAUUGUCAAUCUUAAGAAUAGUAAGAAGUCAAAAUCAAAUAACAAGAAAAAACAUAUUUUGAAUGCAAAUGUGGGAGAUCAGAAAUCGGACAUCGAUGAAGCCGAUAAAUCGAAUGAUGCAAAAGACAAUAAACCCGAUAAAUCGAAUGAUACAAAAGACGAUAAAUCGAAUGAUGCAAAAGAUGAUAAAUCGAAAGACGAUAAAUUGAAUGAUGCAAAAGACGAUAAAUCGAAUGAUGCAAAAGACAAUAAGCCGACUUCUUCUCACGAUACAAAUGAUAAAAAAAGAAAAGACGAGCAUGAAACGAAUAACGACCAAGCACUAUCAAAUAUAAAUAUUACUCAUGAUCCGUAUUUACAAUCAGAACAACCAGAUACUAAGGAUGAUUAUUUGGUUCUGGAUCAAAUUCCUAGAAAAAGGCUUUUAAAAACACUUAAAAAAGGCAAAAGUACAAAAAAUGGGAUCAAAACCGUUAAACUCGACCCCGUUAAAAAAAGUACGACCAAAGCAAGUAAACCCGUUACAAAAAAUGAGAUCAAAACCGAACCCGUUAAAAAAAGUGCGACCAAAACAAGUAAACCCGUUACAAAAAAUGAGAUCAAAACCGUUAAACCCGAACCCGUUAAAAAAAGUGCGACCAAAACAAGUAAACCCAUUACAAAAAAUGCGACCACGGCUGUUAAACCUGUUAAAAAAAACGCGACCAAAACCGCUAAAACCGUUAAAAAAAUUGCCAAACCCACUACAAAAAAAAAAGACAAGAAAGAAA